AUGGCUACGAAUUUGACAUCUUUGAAACCACCAUUUAAGGUAAAGGCCAGGUAUGGUUGGUCAGGCCAAACCAAGGGCGAUUUAGGCUUUCUAGAAGGAGAUAUUAUGGAAGUCACAAGAAUUGCCGGUUCUUGGUUCUACGGCAGGUUAUUGAGAAACAAAAAAUGUUCUGGAUAUUUCCCUCAUAACUUCGUUAUUCUAUUAGAAGAAAGAUUAAACUCGAGCACAGUAUCCGAAAGCGGUAGGCAGGCUUCAGAAAUAGCAGAAAGUUAUGAAAAAUCGAACAAAGUUGUUAUUCCACCCGUACCAUCGAGGUUUUCCGGUGAGGGGUCAAGGCCUAAAAAGAAGCUAUCUUCAUCGAUGCCCAAUUCACCCAAAAGGCCGGCUGAUUCUCUGACUAAAGCUAGGAAGGCAAGAUCAAAGGAAAUAAUAAAUGAAAAUAAUAUCUAUAAUACCCAAUCCCCUCGACAUCACAAUAAUUCAGCGCCAAAUUUGCCUUUACCUAACCAUACGAAGCCCCAGAUACGAAAUUUUGAGGAGUCAAUGAAUAAUCCAUUACCACCUCUCCCGCCAUUACCAAAUUUGGACAAUAUGAGGAAGACAGAUAAAAGGACACCAAAGAAAUCAUAUUCUGCGAACGAUUUAAAUUUGGCACGUUCUUCCAGAGAAUAUAACUAUUAUAAAGAUAACCAGAAGUUCUAUGACGGUUUUAUUCCAGAAAAGAGAUCUUCUUUAGGAGAGGACUCUAUCUCGUCAGGCCUGUUUUCAAACUCUCAGUAUUUAGAUGAUUCUGCUUGUAGCAGUGAAAACAGCUUUGCACUAAUGAGUGAUUUUAGUGCCACGAGCGCGGGAAGUUUUGCAAGACAUAAAUAUGCACAAUCGUUUUCCGAUUCAUUGCAGAGAUCACAGAAUGCGAAGAGCUGCCCUUCAAAAAAAGUUGAAGAUUCGCAGGCAUUUGAUGAUUCCAAUUCUAGUUCGCGAAAUGGAAAAAUGGGUGAUAUCCUUAGGAAAAUAAUUAUUCCAAAGAGGAAUACAAAUAACUGCUCGAGCACAAUAUCCUCUCCAAAGUCACCGAAUGCAUAUCCCAAACUACCUGAUAUCCAGAAUUUAAAUUUGUCUGCAACACCUGACGAGGCUCGCGACUGGAUUGCGAUAAAAUGCCAUUUGAACAGAGCAAGAACUCUGACCAAAUAUGAGAAACACCCAAGGUAUAUGAGAGCCCUCGAAGAAAAUCGGGAUUUGGUCCUGCAUCCUCAAGAUUCGAUUUACAAUGGUUUAAAUACUAAUGAAGUUAAAGGUAACGCGAAGCCCGGCUUAGUCGAUGCGGAACUGGCCGAAUUAAACAUAGAAUACAUUGAUAAGAUGACUUGGAAACGAUGUGUCAGAGAUGGAACUAUGGCAUUAGACACUUGGGCUCAAACAACUUUUUCAGCAAGAUAUUCGACUGUUUUGGAAAAGUUAAGAGGCAUGUACAUUUUCUGCACAGAGAUGUUUGCUCUGACCGAUGAUAAUGGAACGUCAGAUUUUUCUGCAGAACCCGAAUAUUUAGAGAAAAUACUAUUCAGAAAGCAUUGUACACCAUAUGAAUUGACAUGGCUUUUCAAGAAAUUAGCAAACUCAUUGGGCAUUACUUGUGAAAUUGUCAUAGGCUUCCUGAAAACACCGAGUGCCAUAAAUUGGGAGUUCAAGUAUAACCAUUGCUGGUUGAGAAUACUGGUUAACAAAGAAUGGAGGUUCAUUGAUGUUAUUUUAGGUAAUGUAACCAAUCCGAUUCAUGAAUUUGUAAAUAACAGGAAGAUCAAGAAAGCUGAAAACAGCUACUUUUUAAUGGCACCAUUAGAAAUGAUAUACACACAUAUACCACCUAGGGAAUUCGAACAACAUAUUGUUCCUAGUAUUGAUCAAUUAUCUGCAUUACAUCUACCAUUAGUCUUUCCAUCGUUUUUUAAAAAUGAAUUAAAGUUAUACAAAUUCAGCACGGCACUAUCAUUUUUAGAAGAUUCUGAAGUCUACGAAUGCUCCCUAGAAAUUCCCAAUGACGUUGAAGUGUUUGCUUCAGUAGUUAUUCCAACGGACAAUGAAGAAAUUUCAAAUGCGUAUAGGAAUAUGGAACUCGCAUUAACUCAAAUCAAAAAGCAAAAAGCUGAGUCUGGUAGGAGAAUUGCUCUAAUCAAAGCGGUCUUACCACCCAAUAUGAGCAAAGGUUCGUUGUACAUACAUUCCGGUGUAAGGGGUACACAAACCAGUAUUGCUAAUAUCCAUCCACUGUCCAUGAUGGUUCCAUUGACUCAUAAGGGAAGUAACAUGAAAUACGAAUUUGUGGUUAAGAUACCCUCAGAAAGCAUUCAGAAGAUCGAACUGUACAUUGUAGAGCCACAGAGUAGAUACUUAUUUUUUGAUAAUGAGUACUCAUUUGAAGUUAUUCAAAGCCCUUCUGAUGGUAUUAUAUACAGCAGUGAUGAAGGACCAAACCAAAAUCGGAGACAACCGAUGGCGAUCAAGUCACCUUCGGGAAGGGUUCACGAAUUAGUCAAGAGUGAUCCUCAUUUCCCUUACGGUACCUGGAAAGUAAGCAUCAAAAUCAAAGAGCCGGGCGUCUGGAGCGCUUUAGUGAUUGCCGACUCUGGGAUUGGGUGGUCUGUUUUUGCCGAAUGGUUGUGCGUAUGA